CUGAUUCGAAACAUAACGAACGUGUCGUGCUACAAAAUUAUUAGUUUUAUUCCCAACUCCUGCAAAAUCGAUAGUGUUUUGCAAAAAUGUUGAAAAAAUUCGUGGAAGUGAACGCGGAGUGCAGUCCAUCGGCGAAUCCGUACGAGGUGCGAACCUUUCUGGGCAACGAAACGUCGCCGGAAUGGAAGGCGGAGAACUGUCCGCCCCGCGAUCGCGUUUGCCAAAAGAAACCGCCCAACUCCACGAUCUCCCAAGUGCUGACCAUCGAGGAUGAGCUGCGUCGCAUCCACCAGAAGGCGGAGGAGUCGCGCUUCAUUAGGCCCUACAAGAAACAAUGUGCCCUCUACGACGAGUACACCAUGUGCAUCAUACCACAACGAACCCAGGCGGAGCUGAAGACGCACGCCGAGAUGCGAGAGCGCCUGCUGGCAGCCCGCAAGGAUUUUGGCCUGGUAGAGCACGACGCCCGGGUGGAAAGGACAUGUCCCAAGGACCUGGUGGUGCUCAACAGUCCCAUGGACAUGGGCGAGGAGGAGCAGCAGGCCGAGGAGGGCGAGGAGGAGGAGGAGGGCGAGGUCAAGCCACAACUGGCCACUCCCGAAUGCAGCUCGGACAUGAUCAUUAUUCCGGACAAGCGCAUGUUGGAGCUAAAGCGUCCCAAGAGUCGCAUCUACUUGAACGAAACCGAAGUUGGCCCACUGGAGGAGCUGCCCUUUCCCUCCUACAAUCCGCGUGUCCUGCAAGAGGGCUUAGAGGGCGAGAACCUUAAGACCUACGAUAUCAUCGAGGGCUGUAGUCCACAGGAUCUGUGGACCUGGAAUGUGGGCUAUCAGAAGCGCGAAGAGCAAAUGGACCAGGAGUUCAUCGCCGCCUCUCUGCCCAAAUAUGAAAAGGACGGCGAACUCACGCUCUAUAAUAUACCACAGCAGCUGGAAAAGACCUUCACCGCUGAGAUUGUGUUCGGAAAUCGAAAUAUCUAUCCGGAACCGAAGCAGGAGUCUUACCGAUUGCAAUACUACAAUCGACCCAGUGAGAUCGGCGCCAUUAUAGUGGCCUUCGUGGAGAGCUUUCGCUUGAAUCCCGAUUUCUGGACAGGAGCCACCAUGGACGGCAUCCUCAAGCGCGGUGUCAAGUUGACUAAAAAGAGCGCCGACCUGAACUACAAGUCGGAGGUGAAUGACUUCGAUAUCAUUCAACAGGUGGCGGAACGGGAUGCAGCCGUCGAGAUAAAGAUUCACUUUUCCGGGCUGCUCAAGAACGAACCGAACAUGUUCAAGGCGCUUUCGCUGUUCUUUUCCAAAUACAAUGCCUGUAUUUUCACCUCACGCGAUCUCUUCCUGCUGAUCUGGAAGCGCUGCCUGAACUCGUACUACAUUUUCGAUCCCAAUGGACGGGAUGAGGACUGCGAGCGGGAUUUCGAGGAGGGAAAGUGUUCGCUGAUGGCCACUCGAUAUACUGAGCAUCUGGUGCACCUGAUCACCAAGUUCAGUGACCUCCAGCCGCAGGAUGAGUUCAAUAUCUUUGAGAUAUCUCUGACGCAGUAUGGGAAACUGAAGGAUCCACCUAUUAAGGCGGUGGAGAACGAGGAGUUCCACAAAAUGUGGGCCGUGGUGAACGAGAACUUUGCGGUGAAAACAGCGGCCACGGGUGGCAUUCACCAGCCCAUUUCGGGUAAUGAGAAGAAUGCCUCGCUGGUUGUGUCCCUGAUAGCUCUGAUUUACUCGGAGUUUGAGCUGGCUAAACUUUGGAAGCCCGGCACUGUGGAUGAUAUCAUUCGGUAUGGAGUGGCCUACUAUAAAACCCUUCGCAAGAAGUUCCGACUGGAUGGCAAGCGGUGGAAGAACAAGAAGCCCCACUUGAAUGUCGUGGAUCUGCCGGAAAUGUUCCUAAUGGGUGCUUUUAAGGCCACCGUUCGCAAGCAUCCCUUCAUGAUCAAUGGUCAUGUGGCGGACUGCAAGAGCUACUUGGAAUCCCAGCUAACGAUGGCUCUGCAUCAGUUGUUUAAUAUGCCCCAAUGGCCAUCGGCGCUGCUCCAGAUUGACAACUCGGUGAUGGCCGUUUGGCGGGACAGGGAGUUCUUCUAUGUCUUCGAUCCCUUCCGGCGAAAUCGAACUGGUUUGGUGGUGGAUCCCGAUGACUAUACCAUCAAGGGUCUGGCCGUGCUGCAAAUGCACACUACUUUCGACUCCUUUGUUCGCGUGAUCUACAAGAAUGCUUUGAAGAUGCGACGUGGUGGCAAGUUCUUUAUCCACGGCAUCCGAACGGGUUGCAUUCGUCCGCUGCAGGUGAUGACCCCGCAGACGAACAAGUUUCCGGGUCUGCAGAUGGGUCUGCCCACCUUCACGGAUGAGCCACCGCUGCCGGAGUUGAAGCAGAAGAAGAGUAUCGAGAGUAUUCCAGAGGAGGAUCGCUUCCCCACGGUGGAUGAGAAGGAGAUGGUGGAGGAGCUGAUCAACAUGAUCAUCAAUAGCAUUAUAAAGGAACUGCCUGAACCGCAACCAAAGCGGCCGUAUCUCUAUAAGCCGGCGCAAAAGGUGCUGCUGCGGACGGAUCAGGAGAAUCUCAAGGCGCUGCGGCUGAAGAUCAAGCGGGGCUAUGAACUUGGCCAGGCGGCGGCGGCGGAGGAGGAGGAGGAUCUGAAGCGAGUGCUCACCGUCGAGGAGGAAGUGGCGCUCAAAAGCAACUUCAAGGCUUUGCCGGAUGGCUCCUGGAUCAUCAUGGGCACCACGCAGCUUCCCCAGCUGGACGAGGAGAUGGCCAAGCUGGGUGGCCUGCUGGCCGGGCUGGUGGCCAUGGCCGUUUCCUCCAAGUACAAGCUAUCCACCUGGAAUGCCGAUCUCAUCGAGUUCUCCUUGGAGUCGGCCAAUAGCUUUGGCGAUGAUUACCAGAAUUAUGAGUACAUUUUGGCCUGCCUGUUGGCCAAAAAACUACCCGACAUCGCCAUCGGCGAGAGCAACUACAGUUUGGAGGUCAAGAAGGUGGUCAAGUCCUCGAUCAUGGUGCCUCUGCGCCAGGUUUUGGUGGAUCUCCUGGUGGACAACAAUAGGUUGCUACUCGUUUGCCAGCGCUUCUCCUGCGUGAUCUUCAAGCGCUAUAACUUCGUGUACAUGUUCAUUGGAUUCCCCUGCAAUGCGAUUGGCUAUCGAAAGGGUGGAUCUGGACCUGCUUGUCUCCUCCGCUUUGUGGAAUUGGAUGCAUUGAUUAAGCGCAUCGAGUUCGGCUGCAAUCCACAGGGCUGCUCGGUGAUGAACUUCAUCGUGGCCUGCGUCCAAAUGGUGGACAAUAAUAUUCAUGGGCGUUUCCGACCCUGGCGCAAGGAGGAUGACGACAAGGAGGUCAAACAGGAGACGGCGAGGCAGAAGAAGCUGCGGGAUCAGCGGCUGGAGAAGAUGCGCUACAUCGACGAGGAGCUCAGGAAGGAGAACGAGCGCAUUCAGAUGUUCCUCAAGGCCAAACAGGAGCACCAGGACAGAAAGGAGGGAAAGAAACCCGAAUACCGGGACAUUGGCAUCGACGAGGGCGAGGGAGAGGAGGGCGACGACGAGGAGGAGGACAUGGUCGGCGAGGAGGAGGGCGAGGAGGAAGGCGAGGGCGAGGAGGAGGUGGAGCUGAAGCACCGACCGGGCAAGAAGCUGCCCAAGGAGCUUCGUCGGGCGUACAAGCCUCGUCCCAUAAUGUUCGGCUACAGGAUGCGCGAGAAGGACUGCAACUUCAAGAUCCAGGGCAGCCUGGCGCUCGAGGGCCGUGAGAAGGGUUCCUUCAAGACCAUCAAGCCCUGCUACUUUGCCUCCGCUUUGGCCAUCAUCAGUUGCUCCCUGCGUCCCUUGAAUCAAUGGAAUUCCUACAGGAUCGAUCGGGUGAUCAAUAAUGCCAAGGCAAUUUCCACGGGAGUUUGUGAACUGGAAUCGGUGUUCGAACGGGUAGUUCGCCACGUUACCAUAGAUGAUUAUGAGUUUGAUAUUUGGAUACGCUGCUUUGAGCCGGCGGGCAUGUGGACCCCAACGCCGGUGAAGAAACCCGGUUCUCCGGAAGUAGGCCUAAUGAUCUUCAAGAAGAAAUUCGGCAAGCUGCUGAACCAGCGCAAAUACAUGAUUAUCUUUACGCCCAAUGGGAGCUAUGCCAUCUACCACGACGAGUUCUUUCACCUGUUUGAUCCCUAUGGCAGCAUGGAGAAGCCUGGAGGGGAUGAAGAGCAGGAAGACGACGAUGACGACGACGCCGAGGAGGGAGGUGGAAAGAAAAAGAAGCGUUGUCCCAAGGGACCCAAACGUUGGCCUGAAAGAAACACCGCCUCCUGGGUUCUCCUCUACGAUGUGGAUUCGGUGAUCAAGUACAUCGACGAUCGGAGUGCCGUGAAGAACUGGAAGGAGAAGAACCUGUACAAGUUCUUCCUGGUGGAUGUGCUUUCGCACAAGAAGGCGGCACCGAAUGCCAGGAUUCUGCAACUCCUCACCGAUCUCUCGAUACCCAUGACCUGCACGAAUAAGCAGUACGGCCGACCCGAGUACGAGAUCUGUGCCACCAACGAAUCUUUGGGAUGGCUGGAACUGGAGAACUGUUUGCCCGUUUGGAGCCGGUUGAAUCGCCGAAAUACGGCUGGCAAGUAUCGCAAUCUGCCGAUCAGCAAGAUCAAGAAGUUCGACAUCGAGAUCGAGGGACGCCUGUGGUCGCUGUGGGGCAAUCUCCAUCCGGAGGCGCCGGUCUUUGAGGACGAUGUGCGGGGUCGCCAGUAUCUGGGCUGCUAUGUGAUGGCCUGCUGUGCGGCCAGUGUCUAUCGGUUGAUGGACUGGAGUCCACAUCUCCUGGACACGAUAGUGGUCAGCGGGAAUACCUACUUCAAGGAGAGCAUCGAUCAGAUCAGCAAGGAGGACUACGAGUUCUCGCUGGAGAACCUCAACAUCGACUGCUCCAUGGACACCAUCAAUUUCGUGGUCCACAUCGAGCAUGUGUGCUAUGGCAAACUCUACCGGGUGCCCACCUUCAACCGGAUGAAUCUCUCCGAAGCUCUGAUCUACUUCUUCAGUCACUACCAGUUCGGCAUUGUGAGUGUGCGCAAGCGAUCGCUGGCCAUCGGGUUUUGUCCCGGCCACGAUGGCGGCUACUUUAUGUACGACUGUCAGGAGAAGGACCAUCCGCUGUUCCCCAAGCAACAGGGCGCCUCCUACAUGCUGCGCACCCGCCACCUCCAGGUGCUCCUCUACUGCGUGGUGGUCACCCUGAAUGUGCCGUUCUACAACAUCGACUUCAGCAUCCACAAGGUGGAGAUGCUGCGCGAGGGAGCCACCGUCGAGAACGAGGAGGAGGAGGGCGGCGAGGAGGUCGGCGCUUGAGGAGAUUCGUGAGGUAUUCGUGGCGGCAGAGGCUCAGGAUUUAGUUACUAAUUGUUUGGAUAAUAUAUAUGGAAUUAGGGGUAUAAUUUAAUAAAGCUUU